AUGUGGCAGCCAGCAAGGUCUCAUGCGAGGAUUAGAGUUGCCGUAUCACAGGAAGCCCAGGGAUCAUGGUUCAUCUCUGCAACACCAAGCGAUGCCGAUAUUCUCAAAUACCAUGUGGGAGGCUUUUCGAGAUCGGUACCAGCAAGGGGCAGAUCUCUGGUUCAGGAUACAGACCCCGACCUUGAGGUAGCCAUCUCAUUUCUUGAGUACCUCACGUCAAACGAAUCACCACAGAAUGCGAUUCAUAUCGCCCUUAUUGCAUUCCAACAAGACUUCUUUGGAAAAGGAGGCGUUUUUGCCUUAGCAGCCCAGUUGCCGCACCACUCAAGAAAGCGCUUCCUAACAGUCUACUACGGCUCUCUUCAACUUGCCGGUCUACAGGGCGAGCAGGUACCAUCGCCCUUGAUGCUUGGUGGGGUGAGAGAGGACGUCAGGUUAGCUGCCAUCUUUGGGGGACUAGGACCGAUCAAUAUCAAAUGCCUCGAAGAACUGCGCGAAGCGUACAAGGUAUACAAGCCUUUAGUCGAGAACCUAGUCAGACCAGCGUCAAAACUACUGAAGGAUCUGGCGAAGACAAAUGAUGCGCUCGAUUUCCAUGGAAACUUUGGCUUUGACUUGGAGCGGUGGCUAGACUACCCCCUUGAAGCACCACCUACGUCUCACUUGGCCUUGGCUCCCAUCAGCUGCCCCUUGAUUACAUUACUCGGAAUUUUGAAUUACCUUGUAGUCAUCCAAGUACUUGGGUUCACCCCACAAGACAUGCGCAAGCGAUUUAUCGGGGUCACCGGUCACUCCUUGGGUGUCCUCGCGGCACUGGUUGUAACUAGAUCCAAGGAUUGGGUAACCUUUUACGCUUGCGCCUUAUAUGCAGUUGAGAUGUCAUUCUGGGUGGGACUUCACGCUCAUCGUGAUGGAAAACUCGCGUCUCAUUCAUCAGCCCGUCUGGGCGACAGUGAAUCCAGGAUGUUACGCGUUCGGGGUCUUUGUGUCAAGGAUCUGAGCCAGGUAGUUGAAGUUAUCAAUCGUUAUUUGCCAGAGCCUGCCCAUGUUUACCUGUCAGUGGUGAAUGAGAGGAAGUCUCACGUAAUUGCGGGGCCCUCUUCUAGCCUCGACGCGGUUCGGUUGAGAUUGCAGCAGCUGGGGGCUGAUCCAGAGGUCGAUCAGACCAGAAUUCCCUUUCACAAGAGGAAACCUGUCAUUGACGAACAAUUCCUGCCUAUUUCAGCACCAUUCCAUACCCAGCACCUGGAAGAAACUGUUGACAGAGUCCUGACGUCGAUGCAUCUACAAGAUAUUCCUGGUGACUGCCUUGGUCCUCCUCUUCGGCACACAAAGAAUGGAAUUUCUGUUGAUCUAUCGGAUGGGCCUCAGGGUACAAAUGCCAUAGUACGUAUGAUGCUUGUCGAGCAGGUCAACUGGCCAGAGUGCAUCGCAUUUGCGAAAGGUGCACAAGUCCUCGACUUCGGACCAGGGCUACCUGGUUUGCUUGCCAGCAAAUGCCUAGAAGGUACGGGCAGCAGGACUCUAUCAGUCACGGAAUGGGACUUGUCUUCAAGUAGCAUAGGUGACGCGGCCGACUUUUACACAUCAAAAAUACACACAGGACACAACUGGGCAAUCAGAUAUCUGCCUUCAAUGUCAAAAUGGGGCAUGCGGACGAAAUUUGUCGAAGUUCUUGGCUGUCCGCAUGUCAUGGUAGCAGGUAUGACACCCACCACUGUUUCUUGGGAGUUUGUCUCAGCUGUCAUGAAUGCUGGGUACCAUACAGAGCUGGCAGCCGGAGGUUAUGUGGACUCGCUAAGUCUCCAAGACGCCCUGCACCAACUAUCGUCAAGCAUACAGUCAGGGAGGGGGAUUUGCUGUAAUAUCAUUUAUUCCGACCCCAAAGCUAUCAGUUGGCAAAUUCCGUUGCUACGAAAUAUGAUAACUGAGGGCUAUCCAAUCCACGGCAUCACCAUUGGAGCUGGCAUUCCUUCGACUGAGAUUAUUGAUGAUUAUAUCAAAACAUUGGGUCUACGUUACAUAGGGUUGAAGCCGGGGUCUGUCAAGGGUAUUCUUGCCGUUGUGCAGAUAGCCCAGCGGCAUCCCAACUUUUCCAUUAUCCUCCAGUGGACAGGUGGAAGGAGCGGUGGUCAUCACUCCUUUGAGGACUUCCAUGAGCCUCUUAUAGAAACCUACAGCCGGGUGAGGGCAUGCAAGAAUAUCACAUUGGUGGUAGGUGGCGGAUUUGGCGAUGGCCUAGGAACAUUCCCUUACUUGAGUGGGGCAUGGUCAUGUUCGCGAGGCUUCCCUCCCAUGCCUGUCGAUGGUAUACUACUUGGAAGCAGAAUGAUGGUUUCAAAAGAAGCGAAGACAGCUCCGCAAGUCAAGGAAUUGAUCUUGGAAGCUGAAGGGGUUGGAGAUGAGCUGUGGCAAGAAUCCUACGAUCGUUCCGUUGGCGGCAUCAUUACUAUAACUUCGGAGAUGUCUCAGCCAAUUCAUGUUCUGGCCAAUCGAGCUGCGGUGCUCUGGAAAGAACUGGAUGAAACCGUUUUCGGUGUGAAGGAUCCAGUCACUCGACUGUCCAUACUGCAGGAUAAGAAGCAAUGGGUCAUUUCUAAGCUUAAUUCGGACUUCCACCGGCCAUGGUUCCCUAUAAUGACCGACGGGCGUCCUUGUGAGCUGCAUCACAUGACUUACCGGCGAGUUUUAGUCCGUAUGAUUGAACUCAUGUUUGUUGGUCACCAGAACCGCUGGGUCCAUGAGUCUUACUCCGACCGAGUUGUGGAAUUUGUGGAGAGGAUGUUUGAGCGACUGCGAAACGGGCUUCCCACGUCGCUCAAAACCACCGAGCCUGGCUUCUUGCUAGAAUACGUCAUGCACCAACUGCCGGAGGCGGAGAACGAGUUUCUUCACCAUGACGACGUCUUAUUCUUCGUGGAUCUGUGCUGGAGGCGUGGACCUGCGCGAAAGCCAGUUAACUUUGUGCCUGUUCUUGAUCAGAACUUUGAAACUUGGUUCAAGAAGGACUCAUUGUGGCAGUCAGAAGAUGUCGACGCUGUCGUCGACAAAGAUGCGCAGCGUGUUCUAAUUAUACAAGGGCCUGUGGCAGCAUCCUUUUCGAACAAGGUUGACGAGGGAGUCAAUGAUAUCCUCGAUGGAAUUGUACAAAAGCAUAUACAACUUCUAUCAGAAGAUAGUAAGCUGUCACAUCCAACAACUGAAUUGGAGAUAUCGCCGAAAUUAACUAUUCCCAUGGAUCAGGCCAUAGAUGACUCUACAUUCCUUGAAUUCACGGAUACAAGAAACCUUCCGAGUCUCGAUUCGUUUGUGUCAGAGAUUUGUACCCAAGUCUCGCCAUGGGCUCAAGCGUGUAUGACAGACUGCACAAUUAGGCAAGGAUAUCGCACGGUCCCAAACCCGAUUCGAAUGGCCCUCGUACCAUGUCCCGGACAGCAAGUCGUUAUCAAUCGUAAUGCCUGCGGGGUGACGAGUAUGAUAACCAUAUCGAACAUGGACUCCACUUCUGAGCAGGAAGUGCCCUGUAUGAUACUCAAAUGUGACGACAGCAAGAAUAUCAAGGUGGUUUUGGGCCAUCGAUCGUCAAACCGUCAAUUCUAUUCUCUCACCUUUGAUUACCUCUAUCAGCCACAACAUAUCGGUGCAAGGCUGCUUGAGAACACCGAAGGACGGCUGAGAAAGAUACAGGACUUUUACUCCAACCUCUGGCUAGGCGGAUGGCCAUCGCAUGUCAGACAUGGAGACAUUCACAGCACAUUUUCGGGAUCACCUGUAGCACUUACCGAGUCACUGUGCAAGAGGUUCUUAAAUUAUUCAGGAGCACAAGGAGUCUGUGGCGUCAACCUCCCGAUAGACAUUGCUAUUGUCGCGGCUUGGGAGGCAUUAGUACUUCCGCUGCUCGGCUCGGGGUUUAAUGAGGACAUAACAAAGUUACUCCACCGCUCUAUUAAGUACCAGUAUUUACCAGGAGCUCAGCCGCUGCAAAUGGGUCAGACUGUGCAAGCCACAUCGACUGUAGAUUGCUUGAGCAACGAGGAUAAUGGCAAAGUCGUCACGGUAAGUGCUACGGUACGGCACGAAGAUCAGCCCGUUAUCAGAGUAGUCAGCGAAUUCUUCAUUCAAGGUCUCUGUGAAGAGGAUGAGGGCACUUUCAAAAACACCGAAGAACAAGUCAUACGUGUUGAUGUUGCAUCUAAGACGGUCGAAGCUGCUCUUGUGAGCAGAAAAUGGGUCCUACUCGACGAACGGAACCUAUUGGGUAAAGUGCUUCUCUUCAAAUUGGCCUCUCGGAGAACGAAACAGACUUUGAGCGUGACGGGCUCCAUAUUGAUUCAAAACAAGUCUCCCCAUGUCAAAUGCGUUGGCCGCGUGGUCUUUGAGAGUUGCCAGCCAAGAGCCGGGAAUAUUGUCCUGAAUUUUCUGAACCGUUACGGAAACCCCAACAGUCCGUGUCAGCCUAUAAAGAACCGCGAAGUUGUAUUUGAGGAUAUUCGAAUGCCUCUUCGAAACGAUGAAUACUCGUUGGUCUCGAAAGACGACAACCCGAUACACACGAACCACACUUUUGCAUGCUACACGGGCCUGCCAGGUAUUAUCGUGCAUGGAAUGCACACAAGCGCUAUCGUUAGGAGUGUUGUGGAGAGGAUGGUUACUGGCAAUAAUAUAGACCGAUUCCAAUGUUGGAAAGCAGACUUUCUCGGCAUGGUGACGCCCGGAGAUAAUCUGAAAAUCGAAUUCCAGCACGUGGCCAUGGUUUCCAGUCGUAUGAUGUUCGAGGUGAAGGCCUACAAGAAAAGUGACAAGACUCUGGUACUGUCAGCAGAGGCAGAGAUUGAGCAGAUCAACACGGCCUACCUGUUCACGGGUCAGGGCAGCCAGAAGGUGGGCAUGGGCAUGGAGCUAUAUGAGACCAGCCCAGCUGCGCGCAUACAGUGGGACCGAGGAGAAGUCUUCUUUACCGAAAACUAUGGCUUUUCGAUACUACAAAUUGUGCGUGACAAUCCAAAGGAGUUGACAAUCUACUUUGGCGGUCCUCGAGGGAAGUAUGUAAGAGAUCAGUAUCUCAGACUCGCAAAUUUCCAGCCCGGGUCAGCUUCAGAGAAAGUCGCGGCGCAGUCAGCUUUCCUUGGUCUUGACCAAACCUCAAAGUCGUACACAUUUCGACAUUCAGAGGGUCUCCUUUUUUCUACACAAUUCGCCCAAUCAGCAAUUAUGCUGGCGGAGAUUGCAGCUUUCGAGGAUUUCAGAUCCCACGGAUUGGUGCAGUCAAGAUCACAAUAUGCAGGCCACUCCUUGGGGGAAUAUGCCGCAAUAACAUGCAUGGGCGAAGCUCUCUCUGUUGAGUCCCUUCUUCGUGUCGUCUUUUACAGAGGUGCCACGGUACAAGGAACCAUGUCAGCAGCAAGAGAGCAGGGUGCCGAGUACUCUAUGGCUGCCAUCAACCCUGAAUCUAUCGGUCUUACGGAAGUACAGCUUUUGAGUAUAGUCGAGUUGAUAUCAAAGCAGAGCUCAUUGCUGCUUGAAGUGGUGAAUUUCAACGUCGCUGACAAGCAAUAUGUCUGCGCAGGUCACAAUCGAGCUUUGUGGGUCUUGAGCCAGGUGCUGGAUGAUUGUAGUAAAUUCAAAAGAACUGGGCUUUGCUUGACCCAGCAACUGCAGGACUGCGUCGGAAACUCCAUGGCGAAGCCCCGGGACUCUACACUUCAACGCUCCUUGGCGUUCAUUCCACUGCUUGGCAUCGAUAUCCCCUUCCACUCAUCGCUGCUGAAGAAAAAUAUCGAACUCAGCCGCGAAUUCCUCGAAGAAUCGAUUCCCAAGAACACGAUAAUUCCUAGCAGGCUUGUGGGUCAAUGGAUUCCUAAUAUCCUUGGCCAGUCAUUCUCUAUAGAAUACGAUUUCGUGGCCGCGGCGUAUCAAGCGACGGGAAGCAAGAAACUCCAAGAGAUACUUCAGAAGGUAAGAAUAGUUACCUGA